AUGGCGAUAAACCGCGCUUUUGCACUGACCCCUUCCUCAUCAAGUGAUGAAGAAGGUGAUCCGAUUGACGUUACAGGCGUUUAUAGCUUUGGUCAGAAUUCCUAUGGAGAGCUCAUGCUUGACGAUAGAAUGGAUCGCAAUCACCCAACGCAAGUAGAUUUUGGCAAUCGUAAUGAUGACAAGCGUGUGAUAGACGUUGCGUGUGGAAAUGAACAGACUGUCAUUCUAUUUGAUCAUGGAGAUGUAGUUGCAUGUGGGAAUAAUGAAAGUGGUCAAUGUGCAAUCGGUACAACGGAGCAGGUGCCGACGCUCCGAUUCUUGCCGGACUUGAGCUCCUAUCGAACAGUGCGGAUCUUCUCAGGAAAUGGUAGUGAACACGUUGCAGCACUGAGUGCGGAUGGUAAUUUGUACACUGUUGGAUACAAUAAGAAUGGACAAUUGGGGCUCGGCACUGCAACAAAUGUAGCCGAGACUACAUUAGUGAGAGAGCUGGCAGGAAAACGCGUGGUUGAUGUUAGCUGCAGCUACUUUCACACAGCAAUUGUUAUGGAUAAUGGCGAUUUGUACGGAUGCGGUUGUAAUGACUAUGGUCAGCUUGGCUUGGGUGACUACAAUGGUCAGCUUGUACCUCAACCUGUUGAGUACUUCUUUCGGCAUCCAGUUCUAGCAGUAGCAUGCGGUCAGCAUUACACGGUCGCAUCACUUCGAGAUGGUGGUGUCGUAGCAUUUGGGAAAAAUGACCACGGCCAACUUGGGCUUGAUAGCACAUCCGAACCGGUAUUAUAUCCUACACGCUUAGCCCCGCCACUGGAUAGAGCAAUGGUGCCCCAACUUUCGUGUGGGUACCAUCACACUGCAAUUAUCACCGUAGAUGGCGCUGUCUACACUUUUGGCCGCAAUGACUACGGUCAGCUUGGUCUUGGACACAAAUUACACAUGUCCCGGCCAACGGUCGUGAAAAGUUUGUCUCGAAUGAGGAUAACCCAGGUUGCAUGCGGUUGUUAUCAUACGCUCGCGCUUUCAGACGAAGGCAAAGUGUUCCCAUUUGGUCGUAAUAACCAUGGUCAGCUUGGACUAGAGACAUCAGUGGACUGUCUAAGCCCUCAGCUCAUUUCAGCUCUGAGGAGUAAGACCGUUACAAAGAUCGCUGCUGGGUUUUAUCAUUCAGUCUGUCUGACCGGGACAUUCCAAGAAAAGACUCAGUCAACGAAAGGCACCGGAACAUUGAGCGCAGAUUUGAGGAAGAUGUUGAACAAUCCAACUCGAAGCGAUGUCACCUUUCUGGUAGAAGGUCGUCGGUUCUUCGCACAUAGCUGUAUCUUGAUUGCUCGUUGUGAACCACUCGAGAAAAUGCUAGACGGUCGAAUGAAGGACGGGUCACAGUCAGAAAUCGUCAUUCCAGAGUACUCGUAUGACGUUUUUGCUGCUCUGAUAGAGUUUCUUUACUCGGACCAAGUGGCCACCCUAGAUUCACCGGAUCUGACGGCAGAGUUUACUCUCGAGCUGCAUGCUCUAGCAGAUCAUUACUUGAUUGCUAGUCUUCGAAGUUUGUGUGAGAACGCUUUACUACGCAUUCUAUCAGUGAAAAAUGUUGCCAUCAUUAUAGAGUCAGCGCAUUUCCGUGAUGCUUUCACACUCAAGAAACGUUGCUCAGGCUUUAUCAUGGAUCAUUUCGCUCGCGUUGUUACUACUCCGGCUUUUCUUGGACUACCCCAAGAAUUGCUCCAGGAGAUGUUGCUUCUAGCUACCCAGCAAGGAUUAUCGAUUCCCAAUCAAACUACUGCUGGUGAUCGCUAG